AACAUACUAUACCAUCGGCAAACUUGCAGGACCAAUCUUUUGUUAGAUCAGAUUACUACCAAUCGGUUUCAGUGUAGUUUCAAGUUAAGACCCUUAUACUACAAACUUUUCUUUUUGACACAAAAAGAGUUGCAUAGAUAAGGUACAAACCCUUUUACCCUGGAUUAUAUUAAAGUUUGAUUUUGAAAAAAUUCAAAUUAACUUCUCAUAUAUACUGCUCUGAAUUCAUAUAUGAUUUCUGCUAGAGUAUCCAGAUCGGUCGUGAGAUCACUCGCCAGAAGCGUGAGACCUGCUCCAGUUCGUGCUAUUGGUUCCAACUCAUUGAGCGUUGCCGCACGUUUCUUGGCUACCAAGGCCAACACCUCAUCACAAAAUUAUCAAAAAGUUUACAAUGAAUCUGAUAAGAAGAUUUCAUUGAAUAACUUGGACACAUUCGCUAGACGUCAUCUUGGUCCAACUCCAGGUAAUGUUGAAAAAAUGCUUACCACUUUGGGUUACAAGGAUAUUGAUGAAUUCCUUGCCGCUGCUAUCCCAGAACAUGUUCUUAUCAAGAGAGCUUUGAAAGUUUCUCCAGAAAAGGGUUUCACUGAAACUGAAAUGCUUGAACAUCUCCACGCUUUGGCCGGUAAGAAUAAGAUUGUCAAGUCUUUUAUUGGUAAAGGUUACGCUGGUACUAGAGUACCUCCAGUCAUUCAAAGAAAUUUACUUGAAUCCCCAGAAUGGUACACUUCAUACACUCCAUAUCAACCAGAAAUUUCUCAAGGUAGAUUGGAAUCUCUUUUGAACUACCAAACCAUGGUCACCUCUUUAACCGGUUUACCAAUGGCCAACGCUUCCUUGUUGGAUGAAGGUACCGCUGCUGGUGAAGCGAUGUCUUUAUCCUUCCACAGUUUGAAGGGGAAGAAAUCCAAAUAUGUGGUUGAUUCUAACCUUCAUCCACAAACCAUUGAUGUUGUAAAGUCUAGAGCUGCUAACAUUGGUUGUGAAAUUAUCGAACUCCCACUCUCCACUGCUGAAGGUUUGGCUUCUUUGGAAGCCAUUGCUAAGGACUCUUGUGGUGCUCUUGUUCAAUACCCAGGUACUGAUGGUUCCAUUGUCGACUACACCAAGGUUGGUGAAAUUGUUCAUGCUAACAAGGGUUUGUUUGCCGUAGCCACUGAUUUAUUGGCUUUAACUUUAAUCAAGCCACCUUCAGAAUUUGGUGCUGAUAUCGCUCUUGGUACUUCUCAAAGAUUUGGUGUCCCAUUCGGUUACGGUGGUCCACAUGCUGCCUUCUUUGCUACCAACACUAAGUAUUCAAGAAAGAUUCCUGGAAGAAUCGUUGGUUUAUCCAAGGAUAGAUUGGGUAAGCCAGCCUUGAGAUUGGCUUUGCAAACUAGAGAACAACAUAUUAAGCGUGAAAAGGCUACCUCUAACAUUUGUACUGCUCAAGCCCUUUUGGCUAACAUGGCUGCUAUGUAUGCCGUUUACCACGGUCCUUCUGGUUUACAAAACAUUGCCAAGAGAGUUUACGGAUACACCACUCUUUUAGCUAAGGAAAUCCAAGCUAACUCUGCACAUGAAAUCGUCAAUGACAAGUGGUUCGACACUCUUACCAUUAAGUUGGGUGGUGGUGUUUCUGCAACUGAAAUUUUGGACAAGGCUUUGAACCAAUACAACAUCAACUUGUUCAAGAACAGCGAAAACUCCGUAUCUUUGACUUUAGAUGAAACUAUUACCAAGGAAGAAUUGGUUGCUCUUGUUGAUGUUUUCACCGGUAAGACUUUCUCCACUGAAGGUAUCGAAGAAUUGCCAGCCUUACCACAAGAAAUGUUGAGAACUGAUAAGAUUUUGGAUCACCCAGUUUUCAACACCCACCACUCUGAAACUUCCAUGUUGAGAUACUUACACUUGUUACAAAGCAAGGAUUUAUCUCUUGCCAACUCCAUGAUUCCAUUGGGUUCAUGUACCAUGAAGUUGAAUGCUACCGUGGAAAUGUCUACCCUUUCCAUUCCAGGUUUCAACCUGAUCCAUCCAUUUGCCCCAUUGGAUCAAGCUCAAGGUUACAAAGAAUUGGUUGAUGAAUUCGAAAAGGAUUUGAACGAUAUUACUGGAUUUGAUGCCACUACAUCCAUGCCAAACUCUGGUGCUCAAGGUGAAUACACUGGUUUGUCCUUGAUUAGACAAUAUCAUGCCUCCAAAGGUGACUACGAAAAGAGAAACAUUUGUCUUAUUCCAGUCAGUGCCCAUGGUACUAACCCAGCUUCUGCCGCCAUGUGUGGUUUGAAGGUCGUCCCAGUUAAGUGUUUGAGCAAUGGUUCUAUUGACUUGGAUGACUUGAAGAUCAAGGCUGAAAAGCAUGCUGACAACCUUUGUAGUAUUAUGAUCACUUACCCAUCUACUUACGGUUUGUUUGAACCUGGUGUUAAGACAGCCAUUGACUUGGUCCAUGCUAACGGUGGUCAAGUUUACUUGGAUGGUGCUAAUAUGAAUGCUCAAGUAGGUUUGACUUCUCCUGGUGAUUUGGGUGCUGAUGUUUGUCACUUGAACAUCCACAAGACCUUUGCCUUGUCUCAUGGUGGUGGUGGUCCAGGUCAAGCACCUGUAUGUGUUAAGGAACACUUGAAACCAUUCUUGCCAAAGCAUCAUUACUUAGAAACUCCUCACUCAACUUCUGAAUCUAUUAAUGCUGUCAACUCUGCUCCAUAUGGUUCUGCUUCUGUCAUUCCAGUGUCUUACUCUUACAUCAAGAUGUUGGGUGCUAAGGCCUUGCCAUAUGCAUCUUCCAUUGCCAUGUUGAAUGCCAACUACAUGUUGUACAGAUUGAAGGAUCAAUACCAAAUUAUGUUUAUUGACGCCAACGCUAAGGAAGAAGGAUUGAAGCAUUGUGCUCACGAAUUCAUUUUGGACUUGAGAGAAUUCAAGGCUAUUGGAAUUGAAGCAAUUGAUGUUGCUAAGAGAUUACAAGAUUAUGGAUUCCAUGCCCCAACCAUGUCUUUCCCAGUUGCUGGUACCUUGAUGGUUGAACCAACUGAAUCUGAAAACUUGGAAGAAUUGGACAGAUUUGUUGAUGCUUUGUUAUCUAUUAGAAAGGAAAUUGAUGCUUAUUCCAAGGGUGAAGCUUUGGGAUUAGCUUUGAAGAAUGCUCCACAUUCCUUGGAAGACGUUGUUUCUACUCCACAAUCUGAUUGGGAUGCUAGAGGUUACACUAGAGAACAAGCUGCUUACCCAUUGCCAUACUUGAAGUACUCCAAGUGCUGGCCAACAGUUGCUAGAUUAGAUGACACCUACGGUGACAUGAACUUGAUGUGUACAUGUCCAUCUGUCGAAGAAGUUGUUGCUGAUCAAGAAGCUUAA